UCAAGCUUUUUGUUACGCUUUUAACAGCUUCUGUUCAAUAAUGUCGAUGAUCCUCAAAUCUUCCACUAAAAGACAUUGCUUCCAUCUUCGUGUUCUUCCUCUGCCCCUUGAAAUGGACGCCUGAUUUCAUCUUCGUCUUCGUAAACUUGUUCUUCUUCCUCCUUUCUCUCUCUGUAAUUCAGGUUUUUCUUCCUCCUUCUCCUAAUCUUACUCUGUUUCUGUAAUUUGACCACGUUUUUUGUGCUGGAUUCAAUUUGUGGACGGUGUUUUUCGUAGUUUUGUUACUGGUUCUUGAUUUCUUAGUCGCCAAGUUUAAGGGAACUGAUUGAAAUCCAUGGCGUUCCAUGAGAUUCAUUCGUGGACCUUGUCUGGUUUAGUCAGAGCUUUUAUUGACCUAGCUCUUGUUUAUGUUCUUUUGUGCGUAUCGGCUACUGUGUUUAUCCCAUCAAAGAUUUUGAAAGUAGUUGGGUUGUGCUUGCCUUGUCCUUGUACUGGAUUUUAUGGGAAUCGGAACUCUAAUUUGUGUUUGCAUAGACUGCUUGUUAGUUGGCCGAAGAGGAAGAUUUGUCUGGUGCUCGAAUUGGUGAAAGGUAGGUUUCCUUUUGAUUUGAUUUUGAUCGAUGAUCAAAUGGAUAACACGAAUUGGAGUUCGUUAAUGGAGAAUCAUCAUACGGAUGGAAUUCCUGAGGCUUGCUGUAGUACAUUGUCUGGCCCAGGAUUUCAGAAUUCGAUUCAUAAUGAUAGCGAACACGACGGUAAGGGUAAGAGGAUUAUGUAUUGGAGGCCGAGGACUAAAAUACGACGACGGAGAACUGCGGUUGAGGAUGUGAAAUUGUCCAAGGGAAUCUGUGAGGGGGAUGAAACUAGAAAGGAAAGGGAAUUUGUGGCAUUGGUUGAGAGACAAGAAUUUGUUCCAGAUGAUAGUAAUGAAUCAAAUCACGUGGAAUUGAGUGAAAGAAACUGGCAAGGCUUUGAAUCAAGUGGUUCAGUUGGCGAAAAUGAUCAUAUGAAUAAAGGCUCUUCCACUAUAGGACAAGGUACCAGUAACACUCAAGAGAGAGACAUCGACAGAAAUGAAGUAAGCUGUAUUAGAUUGCUGGACCAAGCACACGAAGAAACUGCUCGAGCAUCUCUGUUUCUGGAACUAGAGAAGGAGAGAGCUGCUGCUGCUACUGCUGUAGAUGAAGCAAUAGCCAUGAUAACACGUUUGCAAAAUGAGAAGGCGUCAGCUGAAAUGGAAGCAAGACAAUAUCAGAGAGCAUUAGAAGAAAAAAUUGCUUAUGAUGAAGAAGAGAUGAAUAUCCUCCGAGAGAUCCUUGUCAAGAGGGAAAUAGAUUGUCAUGUUCUGGAGAAGAAAAUCAAAGCUUAUAGACUGAUGGAUCUUUCAGAAAAGGAACAGUUAAAAAGAAAGUGGGAUUUCAUAUUGGAUGAACGUAAAGAACAGUCUGCUACUACCCAUUCAAAUGCUAAAGACAAUGAACUGAGGGAUUGUGAUUUGAAGAAAAGCUUUGUUUUCUGUGGGGUACGGCCAGAAAGUUUGGAGCACAUCGAACACGCAGUUAAUGAUCUAGGAAGUUCCAUUCUUGAUAUGGAAAUAGAUGUUCAAGAUAUUCAUAUGAUUGACUAAAAACUCCACAUGGAAGACACAAAAGUUGAUCAUAUCAAGUGGUCCUACAGUUAUGCUACCACCCUUGGAACAUUUAAUGCCUAAAGCAUGGACUUGACCAUCUAAAUCAACCAUAGAACUAGAAUUCAGCAAAUAUCGAAAGGUCGUUGUAGUGUUGUCGGGUUAGAAGGGUUGCAACUUCUCCAUCUGUUGAAAUAUCGAACUCCCAAGAUAUUUGACGGCUAGGAGAUUCUUUUUAACAGGUUGUAUUGGCCACUUUCUCCUUUAAGGUCAGGUGGCCUAUAUUCUUAUGAAACAGAUCUGAAGAUGGGAUAUUCUGAACUUUUUCUUUCUUCUCCCUUCCAGUUGCCUUUGUAAGUUAAUACUAUUUGUAGCUGUUCCUUUGUAAGAUCCUUUGUGUGAGAUGUAAAUACUGUUCCUUGACAGUUCAAAGAAAUAAAAUUGUAAAUAUUGUACAAA